CUCCAGUCUAGCAGAGUACAAGGUGGCUCUCCUGUCUCUGCUCACAGGUGCCUCCCCGGGCUGCGAGGACGCGCUCUGCGGGAUCCGAAGAAACGCCGGAGGUUUCCCCUCAUAGCUCUGGCAUUAAAUUCUAGUCACGUUCAGCGAAAAGGGCAGGAAUUACAUGACUAUACAGGUCCCUGAGAAGAGCCCCAAUCCUCUCAGUUUGCCUUCACGCCUCCCACUCGGCUUCCUAUAUUGUCUUCUUGUCUGUUUCACCGCGCUAAUCUGUGCAAAGUUGAGGGAAGCAUGACAGGAGGACUGAAGGACGGCGAAAAAGAAGAGGAGUUUCUGCAUUCUCCGUUCAUCCGAAAACAAGGGAACAUAUACAAACCUAACAACAAAGACAUGGACAACGACAGUCUGAACGAGAAGACGAUGGAGGAUGUCCACACCAAAGAGAUCGACCUGGUCAACCGGGACCCAAAGCGCAUUAACGACGAUGUUGUCAAGGUAGACUUUGAGGACGUGAUCGCCGAGCCUGCAGGGACCUACAGCUUUGACGGCGUGUGGAAAGCCAGCUUCACCACCUUCACUGUCACCAAGUACUGGUGCUACCGGCUGCUGACGGCGCUGGUCGGCAUCCCCUUGGCGCUGAUCUGGGGUAUCUUCUUCGCCAUCCUGUCCUUCAUUCACAUCUGGGCCGUGGUGCCGUGCGUCAAGAGCUACCUGAUCGAGAUCCACUGCGUCAGCCGCGUCUACUCCAUCUGCGUGCACACCUUCUGCGACCCGCUGUUCGAGGCCAUGGGCAAGUGCUUCAGCAGCAUCCGAAUCCGCACAACCAAGGAGGUGUAGCAUCCACAAAGACGAGGAGGAGGAUUAACGGAAAGAGGGGAGGGAAGAUGGGAGGGCUAGAGCAACACAGAUGGAGGGAAAAGUCAGAACAGGAAAGAAGAAGAAGAAGUAAAAUAGACCUCUGGAAAACGAGAGACUUUUCCAGAGCUGGGCGGGGUUGUUUGGAAGGAAAGGGGCGUGGUCACAUGGCAUCUGACCCCGCCUUUUUUUCCCCACCAGCUGUUUUUUCUCUCCGGUGUUGGUGUUACCAAACGGGUGGGCACAGGAAAUCAAAGGGUCGAUCUCCGGGGUUUUUGUUUGUUGUUUUGUUUGUGUAUUAGUUUUUUAAUUUUUUUUAAAUAUUCCUCACUGUUAACUUUGUCAAGAAAGCAACCAAGCUCCGUAUCUGUUUUCUGUUAGUUUUGCCACAUGUUGUAAAUUCCUUCCAUUCUUACCGUUUCAGUGGAUUGCUUAUCACUUCGAUUGAUUCAUGUGAAGAGGGGAUGUCAGGGUGUAUCACCGUCUUCUCUCGCGCUUAUUCCAGUUUGUUUUUUUUGGGAGCCGUUGUGCAGGGCAGGAUGGGUGGGUGUCGGGGGUUAGGAAGGUCAAAGCAGAGAGAAAAUGACCGAUGCCAAACUCAGCAAAAACAAAACAACCCCAUAAGCCAAACAGCGCAGCAACGCCCCUCCCUCUGCCCGCCAUGACCUCCAUAACCACACAACCCCCCCCCCCUCCCUGCGCUCCGCCUCCCCGCAGUCUGACACACUGAACCUGCCCUCGUUCCUGCAUGCACCUGCGU